UCUCUGUGUGUGUCUCUGUGUGUCUCUGUGUGUGUCUCUGUGUGUCUCUGUGUGUCUACAGGACUACACCCUCACCAUGUACUUCCAGCAGUACUGGAGAGACAGGCGACUCUCCUACGCGGGUAUCUCCGUGAAUCUGACCCUGGACAACCGCGUGGCCGACCAGCUGUGGGUCCCCGACACUUACUUCCUCAACGACAAGAAGUCGUUCGUGCACGGGGUGACGGUGAAGAAUCGCAUGAUUAGACUGCAUCCUGACGGCAGUGUGCUCUAUGGGUUAAGGAUCACCACCACAGCUGCGUGCAUGAUGGAUCUUCGGAGAUAUCCCCUGGACGAGCAGAACUGCACCCUCGAGAUAGAAAGUUAUGGGUACACGACCGACGAUCUGGAGUUCUAUUGGCGUGGCGGCGGCGACGCCGUCACCGGAGUGGAACGCGUGGAGCUCCCUCAGUUCAGCGUUGUGGAGUACCACGUGGUGUCACGUCACGUGGUCUUCACUACAGGCUCCUAUCCGCGUCUGUCACUCAGCUUCCGCCUUAAACGCAACAUCGGCUACUUCAUCCUGCAGACGUACAUGCCCUCAACUCUCAUCACCAUCCUGUCCUGGGUCUCAUUCUGGAUCAACUACGACGCUUCAGCCGCGCGUGUGGCCCUGGGCAUCACCACGGUGCUCACCAUGACGACGAUCUCCACUCACAUGCGCGAGACGCUCCCCAAGAUUCCCUACGUGAAGGCCAUCGACGUCUACCUCAUGGGCUGCUUCGUCUUCGUCUUCCUGGCCCUGCUGGAGUACGCCCUGGUCAACUUCAUCUUCUUCGGACGCGGCCCCCACAAGCAGACGCCCGAGCCGGGCCCCGGCGCUCCGGCCGCGGACGCGGCCGUGCCCCCCCUCUCUCUGCCCCCCAAUCGGAAGCGCCCGGCCCCCCACGGUCCGCACCGCGAACCCGACUCCACCAACUCCGCAGACUCCGCCAACAACUCACCGCCAUCACCGCCAUCACCGCCGCCGCUGCCGUCCAACGCCGACCACGGCUCCUUCUUCCGGCGGCACCGCCCGGCUUGGCCCCGCCGACGUUCCGGGCGACCCCCCAACCCCAGCGGCGGAGUGGGCGGACCGCCGCCGCCGCCGAAGCGGCCGCGGUCGCCGCUCAUUGCGGACGUGAACAACAUCGACCGUGGAUCCCGCAUCGCCUUCCCGUCCGCCUUUGUGCUGUUCAACAUUGUCUACUGGGCUUACUACGUCAACUAGUCACUGUCUGAGUCACUCACUACGUCAACUAGUCACUUACUACGUCAACUAGUCACUCACUACGUCAACUAGUC